AUGGAUAUUGCAAAAUCUCUGUUUAGUUCACGAGAUCAUGUCGGAUACGUCGGUCGUAAAGAACACGAACGUAAGAUUAGCGCUGCCCUAGCAGAUGAUGACCCAGAAGAUGUGAUAGAUGCUAUUCGUGGAAUGAACGUUGCUGACGAACUUUUGCCCGCGCCUGGAGGACCAUUUUCCGCCCUAACACCUAGUAUGGUUCCACAAGAUAUCAUGGCAAAACUUGCACAGCCCGAGUCAGAAGGUCACGGUGGUCUUCCCAACUAUAGAUUUGAUGAAUUCGGAUUUUGUGUUGAUGAGGAGGACGAACCCGAACCGAGUUCUACCAAAUUACUUUCUGCAGCAUUCAUAGAAGAUGAUCAGCAUAGACUUCAAUGGGAAUUCUACAGUAAAGAGAUUAAUUUCUCUGAAGAAGAAAGUAAAACUCACAAGAGUGACAAGUUACAAAAUAUGGUAAAAGAUGGUAUACCACAUUCUCUUAGACCGCAGGUUUGGAUGCACUUGUGUGGAGCUAAUAGAAAACGAGCAACUACUGAAAUAACAUAUCACGAAAUUGUGAGAGCAUCAAGUGAUGAUGGAUUAGUUACAAGUAAACAAAUAGAGAAAGACUUAGUUCAGAUUUUACCAAAUAAUGUUUGUUUUUCACAUCCAACUAGUACUGGUGUGCCACGGUUAAGGAGGAUUUUAAGAGCACUUGCUUGGUUAUAUCCAGAUAUCGGUUAUUGUCAAGGAACUGGAAUGAUUGCUGCAUCACUUUUACUUCUUAUGGAAGAAGAAGAAGCUUUUUGGAUAAUGUGUACCACAGUGGAGGACCUGUUGCCAGCUUCUUAUUAUUCCUCCACAUUAAUCGGAAUACAAGCUGAUCAGAAAGUUCUCCGAAGUCUCAUAUCAUCUUAUCUGCCAGGAAUAGACCAGGUAUUAAAUGCACAUGACAUUGAACUGUCCCUUAUAACAAUGCACUGGUUCUUGACAUUAUAUGCCAAUGUUGUCCAUAUGAAAAUAUUAUUAAGAAUUUGGGAUCUUUUUUUUCUUGAUGGCUCUAUUGUUCUGUUUAAAGUUACACUUGCAAUGUUGAAAAUAAAAGAAAAUAGAUUUACUGAAAUUUCCAAUUCAGCCCAAAUAUUUAAUGCAUUGUCAGACAUACCUGGGGAAAUUGACGAUGUAGAUGUUUUGAUUAAAACCAUUGAUGAUGUGUGUGGAGAAACAUUAAGUCCAGCUUUAAUAGAGACCCAUAGACGAAGACAUUUGGCUUAUCUCAUGGCUGAUCAGGGAGCGCUAGUUGGAAAUCCGAGCGCUGUGCCAAACCUACCAAAGCAACAACUUCAAAGAAGACAAAUAAAAAGAAGCAAAUCAGUUAUACAAUCCAUCCUAUUUGGUGAUGAUACUAACAAUGAAGAUGCGGUAUCUAAAAAUGUAAAACAGACAGAAAUACUAGUAGAUCUCAGAGAAGCUAUACUACAAGUUGCUAGACAUUUUUUAACUUUAGAACCUCAGUUAACAUCUGAAGUUCAACUUACUGCAGACUAUACUAUGCAAAGCCAUGCAGCAGAUAGAGAAAGAUAUGUGAAUGUAUCGAGGAGUAAAAGGAGGAGAGCUAAAGCAUUGUUAGAUUUUGAAAGGAGAGAUGGAGACGAACUAGGUUUUAGAAAAAAUGACGUAAUUGAAGUUAUUAGUUCACGAGAUGAACAUUGUUGGAUUGGAGAGUUAAAUGGCUUACGAGGCUGGUUUCCCGCCAGAUUUGUUAAAUUGUUAGAUGAGAAAGGAGUGAAGUACAGUCGUGCUGGAGAUGACUCAGUCACAGAAAAAGCAGCCCAUUUAGUAAGAGGAGUACUUGCGCCAGCCUUUAAGAGAGUUUUAUUGCAUGGCAUUAAAAAGCCAAGCUUUCUAGAUGGUCCUUGCCAUCCAUGGCUAUUUAUAGAAGAAGCAUCUUCGAGAGAAGUUGAAAAAGAUUUCAAUUCUGUUUAUAGCCGCCUAGUUUUGUGUAAAACCUAUAGAUUAGAUGAGGAUGGGAAAGUUUUGACGCCUGAAGAAUUAUUGUAUAGAUGUGUUCAAGCUAUAAAUUUGUCCCACGACAAUGCGCAUGCACAGAUGGACGUGAAACUGAGGACACUUAUUUGCAUGGGACUGAAUGAAGAAGCUUUGCAUCUAUGGCUUGAAGUUCUCUGUUCAUGUGUUGAUGUGGUCCAAAAGUGGUACCAUCCAUGGUCAUUCAUUAAUUCGCCUGGCUGGGUGCAAAUUAAAUGCGAACUACGAAUCUUAUCUCAGUUCGGUUUCAAUUUAAACCCAGAUUGGGAGCUGCCACUUAAAAAAGAUACCCAAAAUCAGCCCUUAAAAGAAGGGGUAAGGGACAUGUUAGUAAAGCACCAUUUAUUUUCAUGGGAUCUUUAA